AUGGCAGCCGUCGCCCCCCGCCCAGAAACAAACCACAUCCUCACCCACGCCGCGACAGCAACCUCCUUCGCCUUCACCCCCUUCCUCCGCCAAAACUACCGCCACGAGCUCUCCUCAGACCGCCCGCAAUGUAAGCCCUUCCUCGCGGGCCACUGCCCCCUCGGCGCCGCCUGCCCAGACCGCCACGCCUCCUCCAGCUCCUCGAACCCGACGGGCGGGCCGUCCUUGGUCUGCAAGCACUGGCUCCGCGGCCUCUGCAAAAAGGGCGAGUCGUGCGAGUUCCUGCACGAGUACAACCUCCGCAAGAUGCCCGAGUGCAACUUCUUCAUGCGCAACGGGUACUGCUCCAACGGCGAGGAGUGUUUAUAUCUGCACAUUGACCCGCAGUCCAAGCUGCCGCCGUGCCCGCACUACGACAAGGGCUUCUGUCCACUGGGACCGCGGUGCAGCAAGAAGCACGUGAGGAGGAAGCUGUGCGUGUAUUACCUCGUCGGUUUCUGCCCGGAGGGUCCCGGGUGCAAGUAUGGCGCGCACCCGAGGUGGAGGACGGAUUUGGAGAAGCCGAGUGCCAAGGUGGAGAGCGAGGAAGGGGAGAUCAAGAAAGAUGGGGAGAGGGAGGAGGGCGAGAUGUUUCAUCGGGGGGAGAGGCAGCGGGAUAUGCAUGAUGAUCGGGGGCACGGUGGAGAUCGGAGACAUGGUGGUCGUGGAGGCCGGUGGCGCGGCGGCGGGAAUAAGAGAUACCGUGGACGUGGUGGCCACUGA